UUUGACAAUGCAUUUCAAGUCCGUGGCUUGAUUUGCAAUGCUCAUUUUGAGAAUCACUGCCACGAUGAAUCAGGAGCCAGUGAUUUCACAAUCUUACUUCCUUUUUUUCACCUUGUGUUUUUCAUUUUCCUUUUAUUUUGGUGGGCCCCUCUCAUUCUGUGACUCUGCCUAAAGUGUCCAAGUCCGUGUUUGUUGUGCUCAAUAUGUUUGCUCACCUCUUAAUCAGUGUUGCUGUGUUAUUCCCCUUUGCAGCGAGUUUAGAUGGGACGGACUCAAUGUUUCGAACAUGCUGUGAUUUGGGAAUAGCAUGGGGCAACGAAGAAAUGCAAUGCAGCAGAAGCUAUCCAAUGCCCAUUCCAAAAAUUCCUGCCGAACAGCAGAGUAUGUGCCUCUCAACUGUCGAGUUAUGCUGCAUCCAAACUGUCAGAUCUGCACAGUGUGAAGAUGGUAUCACAUUAGCCAAAAGCAGUGCCGUAUGCUAUGAUCAAGGACCAGGCAUGGAAAAUUUUAAGCAUUGCUGUGAAGCCUGUAAACUGGGUAUCAUAUUUGGAUCCUUGUCUGCGUCUUGCAAACCAUUUGAUUUCGGAUCUCCCUGGACAUCAGUCUUUGAGUCAUGUUGCUCCAAUGUGAGUGUUCCUCUUUCACCCAGCUUCGCACCAACCUCAUAUAACAACAAUGAUGUAGAGCCUCUGAAUGGACUCAAUAGCAUAUUCUCGCAAACGGAGAAUAUUUGUGAGCUCUUGCCUGGCGAAUUAUGUGAGCAUAUUUGUGUCCCAGUCCCAGGAUCGUACCGUUGUGAGUGCCGCCCUGGAUUCACUCUCAUGGGAGAUGGUAAAACUUGUCAUCAAGAUGCUAUCGGGAGCAGAUGCAAGACUAACAAUCCUUGUGCACAAAGGUGCACAGAUAAUGGAAUCGCUGUUGAGUGUUCGUGUAACACUGGGUACCAACUAAAAUCAAACCAGAAAAGCUGUGAAGACAUCAAUGAAUGUGCUCUGGGCAUUGACACUUGCGACAAAACAAAAGAAUGGUGCAAAAAUGAAAUUGGCAGUUUUUCGUGCAUCCCCAUCAACACAGACAUCGCAAACAAAACCUCCAAAGCAGUUUCUGGAAGAGAAAAAUCGGCUAGCAUUACACCAUCAACAAUGCCCACAGAAGUAAUACGCUGCCCUCUGGGUUUUAAGGCUAACAACGUUCAGAAUACAUGCACAGAUAUUGAUGAGUGCAAAGAAGAGCUUCAUCUUUGUAACGAAGCAACGGAGUCCUGUGUUAAUGUUCCUGGCGGUUAUCGAUGUGUGGCCCGUCAGCAUUCAUCUUCUACCAGACAAACCAAGUCAAAAGCAACGUAUUCAACCCAGUGUGAUAUUGGUUAUGUAUUUAAUGAGGAGGAAAACAAAUGUGUUGAUUUCAAUGAAUGUGAAACCGCACCAUGUGACAGCAAUCAAGAUUGUAUCAAUUCUGUUGGGAGCUAUUAUUGCAGCUGCAAAACUGGUUUUCAAACAGAUAACGUCACCCUGGCUUGUGUGGACAUCAAUGAAUGCCAAACAAAAACUCAUGAUUGUCAUUCGAGCUUGCGGUGUGAUAAUACUAUUGGCUCAUUUCAAUGUGUCCGUUUUACAAGCUGUGGGACUGGUUACACGCUAAAUAUUGGAAGUGGAUUAUGUGAAGAUGAUGAUGAAUGUGCCUUAAAAAUAGACAAUUGCCGCUAUCUUGGGCCUGAUUGGCAGUGUCGCAACACACAUGGCUCGUUCCGUUGCGAAAAGCGCCGCUGUACCUCAGAUAAAAACUCCUCCAACUGUACAAAAAGUACCUUCGAGUGUCCAACUGGAUAUGAAGUGAAUCAAAGUGGAAAGUGUGCUGAAAUAAAUGAAUGUGCCAAAGACAGAAAUCUUUGCGAUCAUAUUUGCGUCAAUCUUCCUGGCUCUCACAAAUGUUCAUGUAGGCCUGGUUUCAGACUUGCAGCAGACGGAAGGACUUGCGAGGAUAUAAAUGAAUGCGCUUUAUUCCGGGAUCGGUACAUCUGUAUGGGGCAGUGUGAAAAUACUAUUGGAUCAUUCCGUUGUUCUUGUCCAUAUGGUUAUAGACUUGGAUCUGAUAAUGUCACUUGUCAAGAUAUCGAUGAAUGCAAAGAUCUCAAUAGGUGUUUAGCUGCUGAUGAAAUCUGUUUCAACAUUAGAGGAAGUUUCCGAUGCAACUCUGUUGCUUGCCCACCCGGUUACUCCAAAGAUAAUGAUCAUAAAAAUCGUUGCAACAGAUUACCGCGUACAUGUGGUUCAGAUAUCUCCUGCACCCAUUUACCAUUGGCUUAUUCGUUCAACUUCAUUACUCUCGUUUCCAAUCUCCCAAUCCCAGCCAACGGUCAGCAGGAACUAAUUUCAUCGCGGGCAUCAAUGAGCGAAAGUACCUCUAUGGAUUUUAAACUCAACCUCGUCAAUGUCUAUGCAACACCUGGCAUCCCAAAAGCUGAUCUGAGUUAUUUCCGUCUACAGCGGGUAGGAUUUAACCAAGCUCUUUUAUUACUGCUUAAGCCAAUUAAAGGCCCCCAAGAAAUAUUUUUAGAGUUAGUAAUGGAGUUUUAUCGGGGCACGACUUUCAUCGGGUCCACUGUCUCAAAGAUCAACAUCAUUGUUUCUCAGCAUGAAUUUUAAUGGAUGUUGUAUGUGAUAAUUUUCAAAUGUAAAGGAAACAUCAUUCAUUAGAAUGAGGUUGUAGAAAUGCAAGUGAAAAGGUCUCACUAAAAAUUAUUUUCAUUUUGUCUUAUGGAUUUGAUGAAUUGAUAAUCUUAAAGUUUUAAUCAGAAGAACUUGAGGCAUUUUUUCCAGUGGAUAUCCAUCAUUAUUGUGAACGAUUCGAUCAUCAAAUUGUCUGGAACAGCACUUGAAGCCUUGCCCAAGUGAAAAUCGGAAGUCAAACAUAAAGCUGAUUUUGAUGGCUAAAAUCGAAACUUGCGUUUCUCAGAAUGAAAAGUUGUAAGUCUCUGUUCAUAUUUAUUUUAUAAUAAGGAGAAUCAACCAAGAGUUUCUAUCAAAAUUUUCUAUGAAUUUUCUGCACUCAUUCUGAAAAAAUGAUGCAAAAUUGCGAGGAGACAUUUUGGUCAUUUUUGCUUGAAGAAAAUCAAGCAUUAUUGGAAAUGUUUAAAUAUUGCAAUGAAGAUGCGCAUUUUUCGCAUUUAGCCAUCCAUUAGCAGGAUCCACUUUAGCGGUACCCUCUAAGUUACUCCAAACCCUCUAUGGUCCUAUGAAACCUUUUUUUUUCUAAAAAUCAUAUAAGAUGGAGAAAUUUUACUUCUUAGACCAAAAAUUUUAAAACUACUCAUGUAUUGAAAUGGUGGUAAAAAGCUGGACAUGCCUCAGACAAUGUACUCACAUAUUUUUCCAAACCGAUUAUUAGUUUUAUUCUUUGGGGCUUUUUUCCCCCUCUUUUUUAAUGUAAAUUAUAAGAAUUGAGAAAUUGGUACUGAAAGGAAUUUGAAAAUUCAUGCGCGCAUUAGCCACAAUUUACUGCAUAUGGCAUACAUACAUCCCCACGCAAUAAAAUUUGCAAAAAUCACAGUAAUACAAGUAUUAUUUUAAAAAUCCACGCAAAAUUUUCUCAAAAGCUGUCGAAGUUUUGAAUAUGUAGCUUGUAUCUCAAUUUAGCAUAUAAAUAGACAGUAAAAAGUAUAAUUUCUUUAAUGUUAAAGGCACUUGCAGUUAGCACUUAACUAAAACUGAAUGAAAUGAAGAGGCAUCAGUGUCAUGAUUCAAUUCCCUUUUCUCUCUAAAAUCUUGCCAUAAUUUCAGUAUUACAAAAUCUUACAACUGUAGUCAAAAUGCUUCCCUGAAAGGCGACGGUGUUAAAGGAAAAAAAAGAGGAAUUUAAUUUGAAAAACCUUUCUUUGUUUCAAUUAAUAAUUUUUCAGCAUAUUUACAAAUAAAUAAAUAAAAAUAAGUUAAGAUCUGUACAGUGCUAAUUCAAAACCUAAGAAAUAAAUGCAGAGUUUGACUCAGUUUACUUCUUCUUGUUUGCACUCCUCCUGCGAACUCGGUUGUUCAACUUCUUGUACUUCUCGUAAGCUUCACGGAUGAAGUUGGCAGCAGUAUCUAUGUUUUCUUCAGUCAAGUAUGACCUCAUGCUAUCACGGACAUUUUCCCUGGCAAGACCAACAAAAGUUAGCGUACAAAGAGGAGUGAAAGCGCAAGUGAGAGUAGUGAGGACUCCACCCAAGGCGACAACACCAGCAGCCCCGGAGACGACAUUCGAGCUACGUGACCACAAUCCACUAAUGUAGUUGAUGAUUCCGGACAGCUGAGGGAAGAGGGUGGAAAUGAUGCUAAGUGCGGUAGGUUCUUCCUCCGGGACAAGGUAGCCUUCAUAACCGGUCUGGACUCCGAAGCCAGAUGGCUCUUCGUAUGAUUGGAGAGAGUUGUCACCUGGAAAGCAAAAGGUUACUCAUGAAUGAUACAGUCUAAAAAAUGUCAGAGAAUUUCGUGGAAUAACCGUUUAAAAAUUAGUAUUUUUUCUGUAUUUUCCGAGAAAAUCUGAAUAAGUACUUUUAAAAGUACUUGGUGGUUAUUUAUAAGCUAAAGAAUGAGAUUUGUGACAAAAUUUGCAGUUGAACUACCACAGUGUUUUCAUACAGCUUUAAUUCCAUGAAUAUGUACAUGAAAUUGAAACUGGAUUUUGUAAUGGGUUUCCGGGAGCUUUCGGUCGGAACUAAUGUGUUGUCAGUCCCCAGCCAUUUUUCUCUCAAAAAUAUGAAGUCCCAAAUCCCUAAAAUAUUCUGUUAUCAUUCUUUCUUCCCUUAUUGAGUUGGAAAAAAUUUUGUCUUCCCCUUCAAUCAAUAGUCAACUUGUGCAUUGGCAUGAGUUCUGCUAAUAGAUGGUGAGAUAUAAAAGCAUCUUCACUUACAACAUAUUUUUUUCUCAUGAGAAGGAAUAUUAUUAUUUCUCAGCAAUUUGCGUGAUUUUGCUUCCAUAUAAGAAAGAAAUCCUGCGGAAGUUCUGUGCAAAAAUUGUUAUUUGUUUUUAAUUUUUUAAAAAAAAAUAUUAAUUGAUUGUAGAAAAAAAUAAUAAAUUAAAUUGAUGCAAUAAA